ACCACCUCCUUCCGCGAAAGCAGCAGGGGCUACCAGCAGGAGGACAGGCAGCGCAGAACCAGGUCCGUACCAACAGGAGAGUCUCCGGUGGGUCGCAGACCUCGACAAGAGCGUGUGUGUGUGCUUGGUGUGCAGAGGCGCGUUUUUUGAGCAAGUCGCAGUAGCAGCCAGCAAGGAUGGUGGACUAUGAGGAGCUCGGGCUCGGACACGACGACGACGGGCUGAUGGAGGGCGAGGGCGACGACGAGCUGUACAUUGACGACUCGUGGAUGGUCAUUUCCGAGUACUUUCGCAAAAAGUCGCUUGUCCGGCAGCAGCUCAACUCGUUUGACGAGUUCAUCAAGAACACGAUGCAGGAGCUGAUCGACGACUCGCCGCCGAUCGAGAUCCAGGCGCGUAACCAGUACCAGACCGAGGUGGAAGUGGACACAUCGACGAGCUACCGGCUUGCGUUUGAGCAGAUUUUCAUUUCUAAGCCGUCGAUUGCCGAGCUGUCUGGCGGGCGGACGGCGGUGAUGCCCAACGAGGCGCGGCUGCGGAACCUGACCUACCAAGCCUCGCUGUUUGUCAACGUCAAGUGCGUGACCGAGCGGCGGCAAGAGGUGGAGGAUGAGGACGGCCAGCUUGUCAUGGACUACCAGACCGCCGAGGCGCUGCGCGAAAAGGUGCCGUUUGGUGCCAUGCCCAUCAUGCUGCGGUCCGAGUACUGUGCGCUCUCCAACCACUCAGACAAGGAGCUCCCGGAUCUCGGUGAGUGUCCGUAUGACAAGGGCGGGUACUUUGUCAUCAACGGGUCGGAAAAGGUGCUCAUUGCACAGGAGAAGCAGAGCCAGAACUAUGUGUACGUCUUUACGCACUCGUCGGGCAAGUUUUCGCACACGUGCGAGAUCCGGUCGUCGUGCGAGACCGGCGCGCGGCCGGUUUCGUCGCUCAAGCUCAUGCUGCAGGCGCCGCCGACGACCAAGGCCAAGGCGAGCCAGCAGUGCAUCCGGUGCGAGCUGCCGUACGUCCAGCAGGCCGUGCCGGCCAUGCUUGUCUUCCAGGCGCUCGGCUUUGUGGCAGACCGCGAGAUUUUGGAGCUCAUCUGCUACGAUCUUGUCGAUGCCGAGAUGCUCGAGAUUAUCAAGCCGUCGCUGGAGGAGGCGGCGGUCAUUGCUGACCAGGACCUUGCGCUCGACUACAUUGCGCGGCGUGGGCGGACCAAGGUCAACUCGCGGCAGAAGCGCCUGCAGUACGCGCGCGAUCUGCUGCAGAAGGAGAUGCUCCCGCACGUGGGCGUCACCGACUUUUCCGAGCUCAAGAAGGCGUACUACCUCGGGUACAUGAUCAACAAAAUGCUCCAGGUUGCGCUUGGCCGCCGCGAGCAGGACGACCGCGACCACUACGGCAACAAGCGGAUGGACCUUGCCGGCCCGCUCCUCACCUCGCUCUUCCGCGGCCUUGUCAAGCAGGUGUCCAAGGAGACCCGUGAGUACCUCAUGCUCGAGCUCGAGUCCUCGGGAGGCGCUCUCGAGCUCGACAUGAUCAAGCUUGCCGUCAAGCCGUCGAUCAUCGGCCAGCGCAUGAAGUACUGCCUUGCAACCGGCAAUUGGGGAACCCAAAAGAUGGGCUCCAUUGCCAAGGCCGGCGUCUCGCAGGUCCUCAACCGGCUCACCUUUGCCUCGUCGCUCUCGCACCUCCGCCGGCUCAACACGCCCAUCGGCCGCGAGGGCAAGCUGACCAAGCCGCGCCAGCUGCACAACACCCACUGGGGCAUGGUCUGCCCCGCCGAGACGCCUGAGGGCCAGGCGUGCGGCCUCGUCAAGAACCUCUCGCUCAUGACGUACGUCUCUGUCGGUUCGGAGACCUCGCCCAUCCUCGGCUUCCUCCAAGACUGGUCGCUGCAGGACCUCGAGGAGGUCGGUGCGGUCGACAUCCAGACCGCCACCAAGGUCUUUGUCAACGGGCGCUGGGUCGGCAUCCACCACAACGCUCUUGAGCUCCUUACCAUGCUCCGCAACCUGCGCCGGCGUGGCGACAUCUCGGUCGAGGCUUCGUUCGUCCCGGUCCUCAACGACCGCGAGCUCCGCAUCUACACCGACGCCGGGCGCUGCCUCCGCCCGCUGUACAUUGUUGGCGCCGACCGCAAGCUUGUCCUCAAGCGCACAGAGGUGCUUAAGCUCCACCAGACCGGAGACGUCGUCGGCACCGGGUGGAACAAGCUCAUCGAGCAGGGCAAGGUCGAGUUUGUCGACACCGAGGAGGAGCAGACCCUGCUGGUCGCCAUGACCCCCAACGACCUCAAGAUUGCCUCGCAGGAGUUCCUCUACACCCACUGUGAGAUCCACCCGUCCAUGAUCCUCGGCAUUUGCGCCUCGAUUAUUCCCUUUCCGGACCACAACCAGUCGCCGCGAAACACGUACCAGUCGGCCAUGGGCAAACAGGCCAUGGGCAUCCCAGUCUCGUCGUACCAGCUCCGCAUGGAUACCCACUCGAACGUGCUCUACUACCCGCAGAAGCCGCUCGUCCGCACCCAAGCCAUGCGCUACCUGCACUUUGGCGACCUGCCCGCUGGCCAGAACGCCAUUGUCGCUGUCGCUUGCUACUCGGGCUACAACCAGGAAGACUCGCUCAUCAUGAACCAGUCGUCGAUCGAUCGCGGCUUUUUCCGCUCCGUCUCGUUCAAGUCGUACAAGGACGAAGAGCGCCCGGCCUCGUUCGACAAGUCGCUCUCGGAAACGUUCGAGAAGCCAAACGUCGACGAGCUCGACCGCAUCCCGCACGGCAACUUUGACAAGCUCGACGACGACGGCUUUGUCGCCCCGGGCACCCGCGUCACCGGCGAGGACGCCAUCAUCGGCAAGACCGGCCCGCUGCCCGAGGUCACCGACGACAACGCCCGCGCCCCGGGCGGCCGCCCCUGGCGCGCCAAGAAGGACGCCUCGACCCUGCACAAGCGCGGCGAGACCGGCAUCGUCGACCGCGUCAUGAUCUCCACCAACGAGGAGGGCUGCCGCUUUGUCAAGGUCCGCGUCCGCAAGAUCUGCAUCCCGCACAUCGGCGACAAGUUCUCCUCCCGCCACGGCCAGAAGGGCACCGUCGGCAUCACCUACCGCCAGGAGGACAUGCCGUUCUCCCUCGAGGGAAUCUCGCCCGACAUCAUCAUGAACCCGCACGCCAUCCCGUCGCGGAUGACCAUCGGCCAGCUCGUCGAGUGCAUUCUUGGCAAGGUCUCGUCCAUCCAGGGCCUGUUUGGCGACGCCACUCCGUUCGCUGACCUCACCGUCUCCAACGUCGCCGACCAGCUCCACAAGCUCGGCUACCACCGCUACGGUAACGAGGUUCUCUACUCGGGCUUCACCGGCCGCAAGCUCGACGCUCUUAUCUUCUUCGGCCCGACCUUCUACCAGCGCCUCCGCCACAUGGUCGACCUCAAGAUCCACGCCCGUUCUCGCGGCCCCACCUCGGUCCUUGUCCGCCAGCCUACCGAGGGUCGUGCCCGCUCCGGUGGCCUUCGCUUUGGUGAGAUGGAACGCGACUCGUUCCUCGCCCACGGCGUCGCCGUCGCCCUCCGCGACCGCCUCUUCUACUCCUCGGACCCCUACCGCAUCCACGUCUGCGCCCUCUGUGGCCUCCCCGCCGUCGCAAACGUCAAGUCGGCCCAGUUCUACUGCCAGGCCUGCAACAACACCACCCGCAUCUAUCAGGUCAACGUCCCCUACGCCGGCAAGCUCCUGUUCCAGGAGCUCCAGGCCAUGAACAUCGCUCCCCGCAUGUUCUUUGACGACGAGUAAAUCAAGCAGGUGACCUGCAAGACC